AUUGCGAUACCAGCAUAAUCUUCGAGUGGACUUCACGUCUUAUCUUGCCAACAUGGCUUUGGAGGAGCAGCGCUUCAUUCACGAAGACCUGGAACGACUUGAAGAAGCUAUCACCGAACUUCUGCACGAUGAUCCCAAGCAUAUUCGUGAUCGCCUCGCCCGCGACCACGAAAUAUCGCGGUUUCUUGCGCAAAUAGAAGACCAGUCAAGUCGCCUUUUGAAGCUCUAUGACGAUCCUGAAGGUGAAAGGGAACGCGAAUUGCGAGAUCUGAGUACCGGAGAGACGAUGGAUUCCUUCCAGAAAGAAAUCGCCUCUAUUCGAGACUUUCACCGCCGCUACCCGAACGAGGGAUUCGAGAAUCUCGAAAAGAUGUAUAAGAGGCGGUCCCCGGAGGAGCAAGCCGCAGUCAUUCGACAUGUCGAGACCAUGUUUACAGGAGAGGAGGGAUUCGGUCGCUACUUCGAUCUCACAACUUUACAUGAGCAGUAUCUCAACCUUCCCGGUCAUCAACAUGCUCGCCGCCUGACGUAUCUUCAAUAUUUGGACGCGUUUGAUGUCUUCACACCGCCCCAAUCUUCCAUCACCCGCAGUUCAAAACUCUCAGAAUCGUAUUUCCAAUACCUCAAGGCAUUGCAGGAUUAUUUGGAGGGAUUCAUGCGCAAGACCAAGCCACUGGAGAAUCUGGACAAACUAUUCGCCAAUUUCGAUCAAGAGUUUGCAGAACUCUGGGAGAAAGAGGAGGUGCCUGGUUGGGAAAAGAACGCUUCGCAAAAUGGGGCGGUGGAGCAUAGUAAUACCGGAUCGGAUGGGCUCUGGUGUUCGGCAUGCAAGAAGAGCUUUAGCAAUGAGAACGUAUACGAAAACCAUCUGAAGGGGAAGAAACACAAAAAGAAUGAGCAGGAGAUGGCCAAUGCUACGACCGGUGGGCAGACUGGUUCCAAGUCAUCCGCCCCUGACACACGUUUCAAGGAGCGCGCUGUUGCGGAGAAGGAACACCGUAUAAGGAAACUUGCCGCAGCAAUGCAAACGGAGCGCAGUGACACCAAGGUGAAUGUCGAGCGCAAACAGGGUAUGACAGAGCGAGAGCGCCAACAAGAACUGGAAAUGCUCUACUCCGAGGCCCCCGAGGCAAACAAUGGUGCCGGUGAGAACGACGAAGAAUCCGAUGGAGAAGAAAAGAUCUACAAUCCCCUAAAGCUUCCUCUCGACUGGUCUGGGAAGCCUAUUCCUUUCUGGCUGUACAAGCUCCACGGUCUUGGUAACGAGUUCCCUUGCGAAAUUUGCGGUAACUAUAACUACAUGGGUCGGCGGCAGUUCGAGAAACACUUCAACGAGACGCGCCACAUAUACGGACUCAAGUGCCUGGGCAUAACGAACACGACGCUCUUCCGUGAGAUCACCAAGAUUGACGAGGCGCAACAACUAUGGACCAAGAUCCAAGCGGACAAGAAGAAGGAAAAGUCAAGUGCCGACAAUGUCGUCCAAAUGGAAGAUCCUGAGGGUAACGUCAUGCCCGAGAAGAUCUAUAAUGAUCUUCUUGCGCAAGGCAUCCUAUAAAUUUUCGGCUACCCCGACUUUGGAUGUGCAGGCGCCUCUUUGCAUCAUCCGCAUUUUCUCCUUUUCGUCUAUAAUCAAAAGCAGCAAACCUACGCUUUUCAUAAUAUACCCAUUGGCUGGUUUGAUCCGGUUCUGUACAAUUAUUCUAGGAAGAUCUGAUGGUGGGGAGAGCGGGAGUUUAGGUCUAGUAACAUGGGGUAGCAUGUGGUUUCAUCUUGAGGGCAUGGGAAUGGCUGCUUAGCGCUUCCCACCUUUUCUCUAAGCUCAAGCGUCAGUGUAAUGAUGCAUUAUCAAGAUACUCGAAAGUAACAAAUCCAAGAGAGUGUGAAUGCUCCAAUGUGUGAAUAUAUCUAGGUGCGGUGCUUUCGGAUAUAACCCUACGCCACUGGUCACUCAACUUGAUGUUUGCUUUACCCUGUAACUACAGCACCCAAAAAUACGCUGGACAUCGGGCAAGAUACAAAGAGCG